AUGGAUUACGCGGUUUUUAAAACAGGUGGAAAGCAGUACCGGGUCCAGCCCGGCGAUACGCUGGACGUGGAGCUCCUGCCUAACGAUGUCGAAUCGGUGGCGGAGUUUGAUCAGGUAUUAGCUGUGUCCAAGGAUGGCGAACUGGUGGUCGGCGCCCCUAACGUUGAAGGGGCCAAGGUCGUCGCCCAGAUUAAGUCGCAUUACAAGGACAAGAAGCUGAUGGUCUUCAAGUACAAGGCCAAAACCCGCUAUCGCCGGAAGCGCGGCCAUCGCCAGUCCUACACCCGUUUGGAGAUCCAGGACAUUCUCACCCCCUAG